UCGGAGUCGGAGACGAAAGAGAGUUGGAAAAUGCCCUCGAAGGCAGAAGGCCAUGUGAAAGCAAAGCACAGCUAACAAGCCAAAGUGGGCCCUUUGAACUUUGGGACAGAAAACGCUUCGGAUUUGUUUGCGACUCCUCGAUAAGGAGCAACCGGUGCAGCCAGCACUGGAGCGCCCCACUGUGGCCAAGCAGUUCGAGGCAUGAAGAAAGCGCCUCGCUUGACAGGUCCCCCGACUCGAGCGAGCAUCGUCGCCCCAUCUUGGCCCAGCUGACAAGCCCUGUUUGAGAUGUUUCCCGCUGCUCAACCCAGAUAGCCAAUCAGCGAGCGUGGCGCUGCCGGACGGAGGAAUGACCUUGUGACACGCUGACGCCCCCUCCCCCCCCCAAAACAAAAGAUGUUGCGGGCCGCUGCACUGAACCUUGCGCUUGCUGUGUGGCUUGUGGCUUGCCACACCGCCGCCCCGUCGGGAGACGGAAGCGGCACGGACGUGACGGAUGGCGCAAACGGGUCCGUCCCGGCCGCGCUGGCCGCCAGGAGCCAGCUGAUCGCCCGCGAGGGAAGCUGCGUGCUGAUCGACUGCAAUGUCACCGGCGAGCCCUUCCCCAGCAUCAGGUGGUUCAACUCGCACGGCGACCUCAUCCACGCCGACGCCGGUGGCAAGUGGUGGUUGUUGGAGAACGGCGUCCUCAACAUCAGCGCCAUUGAAUUCGCCGACCGCGGCAAGUACACGUGCGUGGCGUCCAACGCGCACGGCGCCUCCAACUGCACGGUGACGCUGCGCGUGGUCUUAGCCACGGGCGACAUGGGCGUCUACUACAUGGUGGUGUGCCUGGUGACCUUCACCAUCAUCAUGGUGCUCAACGUCACGCGCCUGUGCAUGAUGAGCAGCCACCUGAAGAAGACGGAGAAAGCCAUCAACGAGUUCUUCCGCACCGAGGGCGCGGAGAAGCUGCAGAAGGCCUUUGAGAUUGCCAAGCGCAUCCCCAUCAUCACCUCCACCAAGACGGUGGAGCUGGCCAAGGUGACGCAGUUCAAGACCAUGGAGCUGGCGCGCUACAUCGAGGAGCUGGCGCGCAGCAUCCCGCUGCCGCCGCUCAUCAUGAACUGCCGCACUUUCAUGGAGGAGAUCCUGGAGGUGGUGGGCGUGGAAGAGAUGAGGCACACCUUCCUCAGGCAGGGGCCCGAGGGAAGGGGGCCCACCGACGGCGGCCCCAUAGACGCGCUGGGUCUCAUGCGGGAGCGGCAGCGCCAGCGGGGCCGGCAGCUGGAGCGCAGCCCGUCGCCCGCCGCAGACUCGGAUAACUCCACGGUCCGGGAGCAGCCGCAGCGCAUCGCCAUCCAGGUGUCAGUGCACCCGCCGUUGGAACCGCCGCCCGCCGCGCCCCUCCAAGACCACCCCCAAGGGAGCCCCGGCGAGUGUCCCGCCGGGCCGCCGCCCUGCCGGGUUUUCUACGAGAGUCACGUGUGAGCGACGAGACGACCCGGCGAGCCGUGCCGACGACUGAGCGAUGGCGUGCGGGCAUUUCAUUUUGCGUCUCGCUUGAAUGUAAAGAAAUGCUUUGCUGCAAGCGACCGCCAUAAUGUCUCCUGGUUUUCAUGCCGUCAUUUCAUUUUCACUGUGCAGGUUUGGAUUUGGUCAAUUUGUCCUGAAAUUGUAGUCAAGCAAAAGUAAUGAAAUGAAAAUGCAGAAUAAAAGAAAACUAUAGCCAAA